GUGAAAGCAUUUGCAGCCUACUUCGCGACUAGCAGCAGCUGAGUGGCAGACUAGUCGACAGUAAGGCAUCAUGGCGAUCGGUUAGGGUGCGUAUUGCUCGGAAAAUUCACCGUGAUCUCGUACACGAUUUCUAUUUCGUGAAUUAAUUGCAUCGAAUUUCUUCUCGGAUGACCGCACAUCAAUUUUUUGUUGUAUAAUAACGUCCAGACGCGAAUGACAUAAUGGUGAAGUUGACCGAAGAGAUGGUCGUGGCUCGCACGCGAGUGUCUGACUUUUCCGCUGUAAAGAAACUCAAUUGCUGGGGAACAGAAUUAACAGAUGUCAGUAUCUUAAGAAAAAUGAAGAACGUGGAAGUAUUAUCAUUAAGCAUAAAUAACAUUAAUACACUUGCUGAUUUUCAAUACUGCCACAAACUUCAAGAUUUAUUUAUAAGACGAAAUAAUAUCAAAGAUUUAAAUGAAAUUUGCUAUCUUCAAGGAUUACCUAAUUUACGAAAUUUGUGGCUUGGUGAAAAUCCAUGUGCAGAAAGAGAAGGAUAUCGAUUGUCUGUACUUCGAGCUUUGCCAAAUCUUGAGAAAUUAGAUGAUAAAGUAGUAUCACCCGAAGAAGUGCAAACUGCAAUGACAAUAGGUCGACCUUUAACACAUCCUCUUGAAAUAGAUGCUUCUCCACAAUCGGAUGUAGUUAGCCCAGAGGAUAUUACAAUUGAAUACAUUGAAGAAAACGAAUUGGGACGAUCUAGGAGGUACAGUUCUUCUAGUGAUCAGAGAAGCUUUGAUGAAACGCAACAUACGCAUGAAGAAUAUGAUCCUGAUAGAAGAAACGCAAAUUAUAAUGCGUCAUCGUCACAUCAUUACUCACAAAAUAAUCAAUAUGCGUAUGAGCUACAAAAUGGACAAUCAAAGAAUCAGAGCAAAGAUGACACUUCGUGUGCAGAGUCACGAAGCAACAGUGAGACUGUAACCACUAACACUCUUGAAAAAUCCAAGGAUUACGAUGAACGUCCAGUAGUACAGCGACAUAAUGGAGAUUACGACGAAAGGCGAGCAUAUUCUGAAUAUAGCGGAAAUGAAUCUCAGCGUAUGUAUACAUCAACACCACAACGUACGCAAUAUGCUGUCAAUGAAUUUGCAGAUGACAAACGUAAUGACAGAAAUAACUAUAAUUAUGAUGAAAGAUCAAGAUUGGAAUAUGAAGAUUUGCCACAACCUCCUUCGACACCUCAAACAAGAAGAAUGGUGGUGGCUCAUCAUAAUGAUAAGGAAGACGCAAAUCAAAUACCGGGUUGGAUAAGACAUUCUGAAAAAGACAAAUGCAGGAAUCAAUUUCACUAUCACAGGCGCCCAGUAACAAGAAAUUCAAAUAUAUUAUCUGCUGUAUUAUGCUUGGUUAAAGAGUUGGAUUAUCCAAGUCUGGAAGUGGUAGAAAUGGCUGUUAGAAAUCGAAUGGAUGAACUAGAAGAAUGAUGUUUCUGACACCGUCCCCAAAAUCCACAGGGGACGGUCGCUUUCUCUCAUAUCGGCAGCAUGUCUUCUGUUCCCAGCCCAGAAUUCUCCGAUUCACUUGAUUCCACGAUAACUUUGAGCCAAUAUGCCGAUAAAGAUGGAAAUUACAACGAUGACGAACACCAUCUACUUGAUCAUCAAUUACUUGAAGAAAAUAAUGAUAAAUGUCAAAUUCGACGAAAUGAAUAUGCCGAAAAAGUUUGCUCAACACACAGCCUGAAAACAGUAUCGAUUGAUCCAAGUCCAAGAUUACUCGGAAAUAAUCAAUCCAUGUCUAAAAUACAAAAUUCCGCAUUGGACAAUUCGCCAUCGAGAAAUUACCGUGAGAGAAAAAGUAAUGAUGUAAGACGCGUAGCGAGCAGUGACAGUAUUCCUCGUGGUAGUUAUAACAAUGUCAUUUUGAAUCAGGGAUGUAGAGUUUUAAGCCAAGAUUGUGUCAGAAGAUCAAAAAGUCCUGAUGUUAGGAAUACAGUUACACCACUUCGUUAUAUUCAAUCGGCAAAAGGAACGUGGACGUAUAAUUUGUAAAUUACACUAACAAUUUAACAAAAUUAUUCGUAAAAUAAUAAUCUAAAUUUUCUGUAAACGCAAUCAGAAAUAAUCUUGUCGAAAACG